GUUUUGGUGCUGACGGUGAUUUAUUUCAAAACGUUCAUUUUUUGAGACCAGCGCAGAUGAAGAGCUGCACACCUUGAGAAAAGCGAACUGAGAAGAUGGCACACGAGAAGAUCCUUUGAAUUUAGGCACCACAGACAUCAUUACAUUUGUUGAGACGAACAAAGCUGCUCAUGGGUGGUGGAAGAACAAAGAGCUGCAGUGAUACAAGGUUUAUCUGAGAGACGCAAAAGCGGCUAGCUGUGCGAAGUAGAGGUUUUAGCUUUAGGUACUAUUUGUAAGUAAGUGCGAAGAAACAGAAAGGUUAACGUUCUUCACCCGAGAUACGUGUCAAUCUAGAAACCGCCCCGCGGCCGCUGGCAUCAACGAUUGCUGACUCGCAGCGCUAGGCACCUAAUCAUGUUGCAGCGCUGAGUGGUCGCGACGAGAGAGAUAAUAUCGUGGCACAAUUACAGUGUGGUAGUUUGAUGCUAGUGCCAGCACGUCAUAUCUCACGAUUCUUCAUCUUUUGAGAUCAUCUUUAUCACCUCCUUCCGGGCUGUGCCACAUACUAGAGCCGGUCCGCAGUGGUCGGCCCUUUUCCAUUUGUCAUUCUUUCCGCGCAGCGUCGAGAUACAUUUGCUUUCAGGAGUAGAGGACAAAAAUCGACUAUAGAAAUGAAUGGACCUACAGCAGUAGCAGUUCUUGGAUUAGAGAUUUAUUAUGAAAAUCUGGAACGGAAGAGAGAGAAAGUAUAGAGUGCAGUUCUGCAGAGUCCAAAAAGUUUUACGACAUCAAGUAAAGAAAAAACAAUUUUUGCUUUUCCGGAGGAGGCUUUGA